AUGGCACAAUACCAAGGAAGCCGUGCACCUGCCGAUGCAGAAAUGAAACAUGAUAAAGAAGAGUGUCAUGACCGGAUGAUGAAAGAUUAUUUCAUCGAACGUCCGAGAUAUUCUUCUCAUGAUUUUCGGAGGUGGUUUUGGAAAAGAAGAGAGCUUUUUGAAAGCAUCUUGAACGCAGUUGUCCGUCAUGACCACUACUUUGCAAGGAAAAUAGAUGUCGUAGGCCGACAAAGCCUAUCACCUCAUAAGAAGCUUACAUCUGUAUUUCGGAUGCUAGCUAAUGGGUGCUCUGCAGACUUAAUUGAUGAAUAUUAUCGACUUACGGAGAGUAUUGCUAUUAAGAACUUGAAGCGCUUCUGUAAGGCAAUUGAAGCCAUAUAUGGAGCCACGUACCUCCAUAAGCCAAAUCGUGAAGACUUAAAGUAG